UAGCAGCUGCAGUAGCAGAACCACAGCACGCCCAUCCCAAACCUCUGAACUUCAAACCAGCUAACAUUGACGAAAAAGGAAAGGAUCACAAUGGAGGCAGCAUCUCCCCCGCUGGACCCAGAUCUAAUGAGAGAGGUUUUUGAAUGUCCUAUCUGCCUGGAGACCUACAACCAGGAUCAAAUGAGACCCAAGCUCCUGCAGUGCGGUCACACAGUGUGCCGGCAGUGUCUAGAGAAACUGUUGGCUAACACUAUAAAUGGUGUGCGAUGCCCCUUCUGUAGCAAGGUGUCCCGUAUGAGCAGUAUCUCCCAGCUGGCUGAUAAUCUCACUGUCCUCAAGAUCCUAGAUUGUACUGCAUCCUGCAGUGCUGCUGCUGCUGCUCUAAUGUGCAAGUCCUGCUGCAGCCGCCUACCAAGACAGUACUGCCACGAUUGUGCCACGGUCCUCUGUGAGCUCUGUAAAGGUGAGGGGCACCUGCAUCAAGGCCAUACAGUCCAACCAAUCAGGGUGGCUGCUGAGCAGCGUCGCAAAGAACUUGGUAGCAAGCUGGCUUCUCUGCGUGAUGUAAUGGGCGAAAUUCAGAAGAAAAAGACAGCUAUUGAAAACAUUUCCAAGUCCUUGAGACUAAAGUACCAGGCAGUUCAGCAGGACUAUACUUCAGCAGAGUUACGACUUCAAGAGGAACUCAGCAGGUCUCGAAGGACAUUCACAGCUUCCAUGGCAGAAGUGGAAAAACUAAAUGGGCAGGUCCUGGAGGAGCAGACCUAUCUCCUCAACAUUGCAGAGGUAAAAGCGGUGUCACGCUGUGAUUAUCUGACAAUGCUGGUGAGGCAGAGUGAUAUCGCUUUGCUAAAGGAUGAUGGGGAAGGCAGUGAGGAUGAAGGGCUGGAUUUGAUAAGCGGCUUGCCCACUAUGUUUGAGCUGCAAGAGCCAGAGCUGGUCAGAACAGAGCACUCUAAACCUCUGGAAGUGGGCCAAGUGACCACAAAUACUUACACUGUCAAUACAGAGGAUGAGGUGAGUGGGUUGGAGAUUGCACUUGAGAGCCAUGUAGAGAGUGUAGCCGGGGCAAUAGGGGCUACAGGUGGUGGAAGGGGGCCUACAGUGGAUCUUUACAGAGACAUUGACAUGGUUGCGGCUGUCGAGGAGGCCGUAUGUGGUUCACCAGGCAGCUUUAAGUCAAAAUCCAUGGAUGCAGGUGGGGGAUCCCCUGGAGGAGCUUCUGCAAGUGCAGGCCCCGCAGUGUGCCAGUUUGUGAAGAAGAUGGGCUGCAAGGGAACUCUACCUGGCAUGUUCAAUCUACCAGUCAGCAUCUGUGUAACACCACAAGGCGAGGUCCUGGUGGCGGACCGUGGCAACUACCGCAUCCAGAUAUUUAAUCGCAAAGGUUUCCAGCGCGAAAUCCGCCGCAAUGCUAGUAGCAUCGAUAACUUUGUCCUCAGCUUCCUUGGUGCUGAUCUGCCUAACCUCAUCCCCUUAUCCAUUGCUGUCACUCCCCAAGGCCUGAUUGGGGUCACUGACAACUACGACAACUCAGUUAAAGUCUACACUAUGGAUGGACACUGUGUGGCUUGCCAUAAGAACCAGCUGAUUAAACCCUGGGGCAUUACGGCCAUGCCGUCAGGUCAGUUUGUGGUGUCAGAUGUGGAAGGUGGCAAGCUGUGGUGUCUGGCAGUGGACCGCAAUGUAGGUGUGGUCAGCUACAACCGACUGUGCUCUGCUGUGCGGCCAAAGUUUGUGACCUGUGAUGCAGCUGGAACAGUCUAUUUCACCCAGGGCCUCGCCCUGAACUUUGAGAAACGUCACAAUGAGCCCCACCUGGAAGGCGGUUUCUCCAUUGGUUCAGUGGAUACAGACGGCCAGCUAGGCAAGCAGCUUAGCCAUUUCUUCUCAGAGACAGAGGACUUCCGCUGUAUCACUGGCAUGUGUGUGGAUGCCAAUGGAGAUUUGCUGGUAACAGACAGUGGCAGGAAAGAAAUCCUGCAGUUUCCCAAAGAGGGUGGAUUCAAAAUUCUCAUCCAGGAAGGGCUGACCUGCCCUGUCGGAGUGGCCACUACCCAGAAAGGACAGCUGCUAGUGCUGGAUUGUUGGGACCACUGUGUCAAAGUCUACACAUACAUUCAGAGGAGGCACUCCUCUACUUCCUAGAGGAACAAUCCAGCCCAUCUGCACAUGAGCGUGAGAGGUUUAUGUUGGUAGGUGUGUAUGGAAAAGGUAAAAUCACACUGUUAUCUGUCACUUUAGUUUGGCUGCAGUCCAAACAAAUCUCACUCCAGCUUUCAUUGGGUUAUUUAAUGAAUGCUUUAGUUAGUUUGGUUCUGUUUAAAUCCCACUGGAUUUUAAUUUAAUACUUCAAAUUAAAUGUUUGUUACUUAAGCUGCCUCUUACCUGAUUAUUCAAAUGGAUCUCAACAUUUAAACAGACCUUGCAACAUUUUUUUUCACAGAAUACCGGCACAAGUUGUCACAUUAAAAUAAGCGAAAGAAGCCAUUGAAGUCAGAGCUAAUGCAGGCAGAAAGAACAGAUGAUUUCCCUUGCUCUGUUAUACUGCUAUAUGCACCAUUCAGCCUGACUGUGUGUGAUGCAUGGCUUUAACUGAUCCGGCUCAGCUUUGGAAAAAAAAAAAACAGCAGGAAGAAGAGCUGAAAAUGAAUAUGUAUUGAAAUAUAAAAUAAAGCAUAUCAAGGCUUUUGGCCUGUGAAGCACUUUAUUAUUGACACAACACUGUUUCCUAGUGUUAGGUUUUAGUAGCACAGACUAAUAUUGAUGUUGCUGAAUGCAGCUGGCAGCUUUAAAGUUUACUGUGCAGUUAGCUAAUGGCAAAAUGGUAACCAAGUAUCAGCAUUCAUUGAAUUGCAUUCAGUAACAUUCAGGGAACAUUAAAUGCAGAAUAUUGAAUUACCUACAGGAUAGAGAGUUAAACAUCCAAAUCACAACAUAAUAGGCUAUGGAGAGAAGCUGGGUAAUAUGUGGCAAUAUUUAAUUUUCUGUGGGCUAAAGCUUUUUUGAGGGUAGCUGAGUUAAUGCAAUUAGAAUCAGGGUUACUGAUGAUUAAUUUAAAGAGACCACAUUGAUAUAAUUUUGUCCCAGUACCUAUUAAUACUGCCAAGCUAACCUGUGUGCAUUUUGAAGCAGUACAUCAUCUUAAAAGGGACAGUGUACCCCUUAAUGAAAAAUACCUUCUCCUACCUGUGGUUUGAUUUAUCAAUCUUGAUUUGGUGUGAGAUGUCUGCCUUCUCUUGGUAUAACUUCAUGGCACUCAGGUUCUGGUGCCAAAAAAAAGUUUGAUUUAGGGGUGAACUGUCCGUUUUUAAAUGUCAUUUUCAAAGCAAAUAUGACUAAAAGUCUACUGUCUGAUCUACAAACCCUAUUCUCUGUGUUUUUUCAUUUAACCCGCUUCUCAUGACUUUCCAGCCUUACUUAUGUCACUCAGAGACCGGCUGAGGCAAGAUCACAUUUUCAUCUGCCCUGGAUCCUAUUCAAGCUGUUCUGCUCAGUCAUACAUCUAACUAUUGCCUCUACAUCACCUUUUGCUUGCCUUUUCUUUAACCUGAACCGUUUAAAGUUAGCUUUGAUCACAGACACUGUAGCUCCGAGCUUUAGUCCUACUCCUCAGAGAGAACUGUGUCCAUUAUGAUUAGAAUAGCAAAGCUUCCAGAUGACCUUUGUGACCUAGGAAGCCAUUAAAAUUUCAAGGCUCUGUCUUGUAUUCCCUUAAGGCUUACCUUCAGCUACAUCAUAUAAUCAUCCAUAAAUUACUUUAGUUGCAAUGCCAAUGCAGCCAACACUAAAAAUCUCUGGCACUCAGACCGCAGUGUGACCACAAGUGUACAGCAGGCAUCUACACCUUGAAUUAUGUUUACUAACUUUGUUCAAACCUGAUGCUUAUUCCCGAAAACUUAUUCCACACCAUUGUUUCCUCUCGCUCGGCUCGUGGCUACACAAUCUUUUUUGGGAUCACUGGCAGGAGUGUUCAGAAUAACACUGCUAGGAUAAUGAAAACUACAGCAUCACACACCAAACCUGGAUUUGCACACUGGGAUGUGAUUCCGUGUUGCUAUGUCUCCCUCAGGAUUUUAUUCAACACUAGACAACUUGCAACCUGAGUUCUCCGGUGUUGGCAGAUAUGACAAAUUAGACAGCCAUAUACAGUGUUUUGCAAGUUCAUGGUAGUAAACAUUAAAUUCAUCUAUAUCUGCUUGCAUUUAAUUUAUUUGUUUAUCAUGUAGCUUAACUGAAUUCCUGAGUCUGUAUAAAGCAUUAGAAAUAUGAUGCUUUCAGGUAAAAUAAUAAAAGACACCUUUAAUCAAAAUAUUUAGUGGCCUAAAUAUGGGGGAAUCGAAGUUAAUCAUUGAAACCUGCCCAUGUAUGUAACCUAUUAUAUGUCAGUAAAAGUUGUUAAUAGUAAAUAUGCCUUCCGGCAAUAUGUAUCUUCCAGCCCAGGUAUGCUCAUGAGAGCAUAUCAUAUAUUGACUCAGUUUCAGCCUUAAAAAAUAAAUUAUUUCACAAAACUGACCUUAACUCUGCACCUGGAGCCCUGUUAAACAGAAACAUACAAAUAGACAUAUCUGAGAAUCAAACUGUAUCGUAAACAAUAAGUGUUUUUAAUAUUUCUACAUAAGCAAAGCGAUAAGGAGUAGAAAAAAAGUAGAACUGAAUUCAAGUAUCAGGUGAAGUCUGUCACAGUCCUUGUGCUUUUUUUAUUUAUUUUUCAUGAUGUUUUAUUGGUAGGCCAUGUUAUAGCUCAACACUAAACCAAUAGAUUGUAAUUCAAGGCCGUCUCAGCUGCAUGUCAACCUUGCCAUAAAAACAUUUCUUUUCCCAGUGCUUUCACUUUAUUCAUGGUCAUUAGAAGUAGUUAUCACUAGAGAAUAUUCAAACUUUAACAGUGACAGAAAAAUGCAUAAAAUGCUAGAAAAAUCAAGUGUCCUUGUGUCAGUGUGCUGAACAUCAGAGUGUCUCACCUCAUCAGAAUAUGUUUUAUUCUAUGUCAUUGGAGAGAAGUUUUUUCCUUGCAUACUUCUUCAAAGUUUAUUAAUUUUUACCAUUGGAUUGUAAUACUGCAAUAUGUCCAUGAACCAAACUCCCACGUGUUCAAGGUGUUAUGUCCUUUGGAGGCUGUGAAUUUUACAAUGUGUUGAACACAGUACAGACAUCUCUGUGUAGUCAAAUUCAUGUUUGUAUUGUUGGUUAUCUGAGUGCAAUAAACAUUUAUGAAACAACUAAAA